AUGGCUAAGAAUAACGAAAGCUUGAAAGUUGGGGUGAUCGGACCGGCCGGGUUCGGAGGCUCUUACUUGGUCGUCGAACUCAUCAACCGUGGCCAUCGUGUCAUCGGACUAUCUCGCAACCCACAGAAACUUGGCAGUAAUGACCUCUACGAACCGCGGCCUAUCAACCUUGAAACAUCAACUGAGGGAGAAUUGGCUAUGGCCAUCAGCGAUCUUGCGGUUGUGGUGUGCGAGUACGGGCCUCAUACAGCUGGUCACGAGGCCUUACAGUACAUGCCGUUCAUUGAGAUGAUUAGAAAAAUCAUCCUGGCUGUCAAGCGUGCCAAAGUAGGUUACUUUGUGAUGGUCGGCGGUACUGGUAGCUUGCAUGUGCCCCAUGAAGACGGCGUGUGCGUUGCGGAUAGCAAGGACUUUUUCUUGGCCUACCGCCGUGGGAUUGCAGAUAGUCAUGCUCAUGUCACUUAUAUGGAAGAAAGACUUGGCCCGAUAGGAAGUGCCUUGAGAGUUUACCGCGACGCUCGUCUUCUCCUCAAAGAGGGCCUAGGAAGCACGGGAGAGAAGGCGGCUGCCCAACAGACGAUAAACGCUUACGAAGCUCAACUGAAAGCGCAACAAGACGCAUCGAGCAGUUUCAUCAAAGCUGCGCGAGCCAGUCUCAUGUUUUUCGAGGGCAAUACAUCCUUCGACUGGACAUAUGUGUCACCGAGCGCUCUGUAUCGCCCCGGCAGACGUACCGGCAAAUACGAGAUUACUCUGGGCAAUUUGCCGCUCAAAAAUGGACCUGAUGGUGAUAGUCCGCUGGACGGGAAGUUGAUGGGAAUUUCGGCAGCGGAUCUUGCCAUAGCCAUCUCUGACGAAGUCGAGUCGCGAAAGCACAAGCAACAGCAUUGGACUGCAACGGGGGACUUAUCGGACGACACCCCCGCUCCGUCGUAUGUAACACUGAAUUGA